AUGGCAGGAUCGUCUACAGGUGGGAACAAUGGCACUGCUGGCAAGGGUAGGAGCAGGAAGAAGAAGGCUGAUAGAUCAACUUUAAAUACUGCACAAGUUGUCACUCGAUCCAUCGCAGCAGCAUCCACUGCAAGGCGUGUCAUCACAUCAACAGACAGUGACCAAAGCACCAAGGUUCCGCCAGCAUUAGAAGAAAACAAUGAUGACACUAAUGACAAGGUGGUUGCUUCGCAGGAAGACGGCAGUCCCACAGCACCAGCGGCCAACAAUGGCCCGGUUCUGACCCAAUCAGAAGUUGAUGACAAAGAGGAAACAGUAAAAGCCCCACAUUAUUCUUUACCAGAACACAGUGGUGAGGCAUCAGCAGACGUCCAAGCUCUCGCUCUGUCAUCAUCAGAGCGAGAAAAGGUGAUGAAACAAGAAUUGACAGAGUCGUCAUGUGACGAAAAUCUUGGGGAAUUUUCAGAUGAAAUGUCUCAGUUUUCUUUUGUCUCCUCCCACCGGACGGCUAUUCCUGGCGAUGAAGACUACGAGAGCAACAGCGACGAUGCUGCGUUGAGCCUGGACUCCAAUGCUACAGACUACACAUGCAAGGGCAGACCCCAAGCCUCCUACACCAUUCUUGAUUUACCACGUUUUUGCCACACGGUCCAGUAG